GGCGCGUUCGGCCGCAGCCGCGGUUUGGUUAGGCGGCACGGCGGAUGAAGCAUUCACUUCAGUCCGCUACGGUGCGUCGCGUGAUACGAACGAAGGGAUAUACGUUUCUGUAAAGGAAAAACGCGUUUGUUGCAGCGUCGUUGCAGUGUGGAGAGACACAGGCGAUACGUAAGCAACUUUACACUUUUACACGCAUUCUCGAGAAACGGCUCUCACGUCUCUGAAGCACACGCGUACCUGAACAUGCGGCCUGCAGUCACGAGCCAUUGUUCACGCCGUUUGACAUUCGGGGCAACGGCCAGCCGUGGUGACUCCCCGCAGCCACGCCGAGCGAGCGAGCGUGCCACGAAUCCGGCUUGAACUUACCUGCUGAUCGCUAAGAGGAGUCGAAGAUCAAAGCAGGAGGCUGUGCGUCCCGCCGAACCAGAGAUAUUUUUACGAGUUUUGAAGAAUACGGAGAACUGAUGCGAGGGAAAUACUAGUAAUCGGCGUCAUGCAUUGGUCUUGUACUGUUGAAAUCAUCGUCGGUUGAUUUUCGCGCAUCUGGCCCGUAAUACACUUAUUAUUUAUGAAUGGAUGGAGCUGCGACGGGGAUUGUUGGAGGAGGACCGGUUACGGAUCUGGGAGGUCUGGAAAGAUGGUGGAACAAUCCGGGGAUCGCGGUCUGGCCCUUCGUGCUCUUCGGCUGCUUCCUCCUCAACGCGAUUCUUUUGCUCGCGUUUCUUGUACGGCCUGGACUGCGCACCAUUUCCAACAGAUUCGUGAUGAACCUGACCAUCUCGAAUCUACUGACGUGCGUUGUGCUGAAUCCGCUGCUGAUGAUGGACAGUCCAGCAGAGACUACGAUGAGGGCAAACAACGCCGCGUCGUCGGUCAGCACAACCGCCAGCAAUGUCUGCGCGAUAUCAGAAGGCGCUACCGCGCUCGUCACCACAUCAUCGGUAUUGUCGGUCCUGUUGAUCGCGAUCGAUCAGUACUACGCCGUGGUGGAUCCGUUACGUUACCGCGCUCGGGUAGACAAACUCAAAUCUGCCGUGCUGAUCGUUUCUGUUUGGCUGGUCUCGGCGGCAUUCAGCCUGAUCGCCGCCUUGAAUCCGAGUCCGCGCAGUUUAUGGCUGUCCUGCACGACGUUGUCGUAUAAUUCGUCCUUCCGUGAACACGCCGCGCCGAAUGUAUCCUCGACAAUGAGGGCGUCGAACAGUUCCGCGUUCGCGUUCCUCGACAACGAAACAACCGUGCAAGAAGAGAUCGACGACGCGGCGGCGAGGUCGUGGUUCGAGAGGAUAGACUCAAUCGAUAGCGACGUCGACUUCUUCGAAAACUCCACCGUGAUGUCCCGUACGAUAACCGACGACUUCAUCACCUACGGGCUCGUUUACACGAUCGUGCACAGCGUUCUCGCAUACCUGCUGCCAUUCGCCGGGAUCUGCUGGAUUUACAUCAGUAUCUACUCGGCCGCGCAUCGCAACUCCGAGAGAACUCGCAGGACCGGUUCGCGGCCGAUCCUCUCGUCGCCCAGCUUCUGCGAGGAGACAUUCGGUUAUACGAGACCGCAGCACCAGUACACCGACACGUUCCCCGAGGAGUUUCGUCGAAUACCCAAGAUCUCGAGUCUCUCGUCCAUCGACGAGACGAGCGAGACCGCACACUCGGCGAAUCAAACGUCGCGCCGAAGAUCCUUCUCGUCAACCUCGGACGCCGUGCAAUCAGGACCGAGCGAGGAGAAGACAUCGUCAGGAGUCGUCUUCACGGUGGGCCUGCAGCCGGUAGAAGUCUCAUCCGUGCGCGAGGAGAACAACGAAAAUAAUCCGACAGAGCCAGUAGGCCCGACGGCGAACUACCUCGAAAACGAUCGCGACGUUUCGUCCUAUGAAGAUUUUGUCAGGAGUGAGUUUCACGAGUCCGGAAUGAACUGUAGACGGAAAUCCUCGCAUGAUCUAACAAUCGAGGCCGGGACGUCCUGCGGAUGGAUAUCCGCCGGAGACUCCAGCGAUACCGAAUCCGAGGACGAGCGACGCUACGGUUACUUCGACUCCUUGGAAGUUCCUAAAACUAAUCGCAAGAUUACAAACCGAAGAUCCUCCGACUAUUUCCUGCCAGUCGCCGACGAGUGCGAUACGACGCAAGAGCCGCGCGAUGACGUGGAAGCUUCCAGAGAAGAUUCUUCCAAAGAAAUGAUUUGUCCCAAUGACGAGGAGAAAAACUCUAUUAAGACGACAACACAGGAACAAAUUCAGAGUGACAUCUCGAAUUCCAGCGGCAAUCUGGAGAAUAAAAAAUCGAGACGACCCAGUCGCCGUUUGUCGAGAUCCAGCAUUUUGGACGGAGAGCAGCAUGCGCUCGGAAGACACUCGGAAAACGCCGGAAACCACAAUAGCAAUCUGGAAUCUUCGUCUUGCCUGUUGACGCCGAUCGUGACGAUCACGCCGGCGCCCGGCAAGCCGGGUUCGGCUCUGCACCGGGUGGCGAGCAUUCGCAGCACCAGCAGCUAUAUCAAUUCACUCAAGCACAGGAUCAGCAACGGCUCUCUGUUCAAGUACCGUGAGGAGACACGAGCGGCCAGAAUCAGCGCGCUCGUGAUCGUCAUGGGUCUGAUCUGCUGGUCGCCGUACGUGCUGCUAACUGUGAUGAAGAACCUGCCGCAGUACUCGGACUACGAGUUUCCGCACCAGUACGACGUGCUGGCGCUCAGCUUUCUGAUCCUGACCGCUUACGCGAGUCCGUUGCUCUUCGGCUACCGCUCCAAGCGGGUGAAGCGGGAGCUGCGCAAGUUCUUCUGCUUUCACCGCGAGCUCUCGUACAAGAACAACCGCAGCUUGAUGGCGAAGAAGGUGCUGAAGCGCCGGCACAGCAGUACGCCAAGCCAGCUGGAAAUGGACCAUCGGUACAAUAUCUUCAACUGCGUCUACGGCAGGAGCAAGUGGCCGAAAGAGAAGGUCCAAUUCGUUCAGGUACCGGACACCGCGCUCGCGGUAGAGACCUGUCGCAGUAGCUUCUCCAGCGGCGCCAGCACGCAGAUCUCCAGCACGUCCACCGAAGAGUGUUGAAUCGCGACGAGUCUCGCGAGAUCGCGCGGAAUAUUAUCCCGCGUCGGCAUCGCGAGGGGACUAGUUCCUUGGAAGAUCGAUAUAAUUAUGCGAGCGAUAGAACGCGGCCGGUGUGAGAAGCAGCGUAAGCUGUUUCUGCGUUUAUGCAUGUGGCAUGAGUUUGUCGAUGGACUGCGCCUUCGAGCGAUCGAGACAAUAAGGAGAGAUAAAUGACGCGGGAGGACAGUUUGCAGUUUGUGUGUAUUUUGAUACGAAUUUGCAAGUCGGCACAUACUUUCGUAGCUCGUCGUUGUGUUUGGGCGUUCGAUAGAUGCAUCGCUCCUUAUUUUCUAACGUCGCGACAUGAACGGGACAAGUGACGUGAAUAUUUGUUUCCUAAAUUUUCGAAAUGACUUGAAUUGUCACGUCGAUCGUUUCUUCCGACGAUGCACUUUUUUUUAUUUACAUCGUAAGUCCGAUUUGGCGGGAUAAAAGUGCGUCGCGACUCGGCCGUCGGCAUUGCAACCGCUUGUUUUGAAAGCGAUGCGAGUUUACUAACUCAACGAGAUGUCACCGUAAAGUGACUGAAUAAUACGUAUCGGUGCCACCUUACACCGCAAUCAAAAUAAACCGGCUUGCUUUGCUGCGCUUCGGCGAACCGUGCGCAAAACACUCCCCCCCUCCGACCGAGUGCCCGUAUUAGUAUUAAGAGCAUUAUCAUCGCGCUACGUCGUCGGGUGUUAGCCAGCUCGGAAAGUAUUAGAGUUCGCCGAACCUGGAAGGAGAGGCUUUAGUCUUUACGCUUAUUUACGCGCUGCGUCUACGUUUCCUUCCCCCUGCGUGACGUAAUUGCCAUCGCGCACGCAGGUGGAUCAAUCGGUGCGCUUUUAAGCGGCUAUUUAUUUGCAGAACGUCGCGCGCGAGAUAUCAUCGUGCGGCUAUAUGUAGAUAUGUACACAGCAUUUUCAUGACAGAACCCUCGUCGGGCGGCGUCUUCGUAUACCUCCGUUUAAGAAAAUCGCUCCCGAUCGAUUAUUAUUUUUGUACAUUACAAAUCGACUCAUUUAUUUAUAUUAAAUAAUUUGUACAUAGAAAGAGGAUGGCGAAUCUCAUAUUCUAGUUUGAAUUCUCAUAUUCUAUUCCAUUUCUAGUUUGAAUCCCGUACGUAGAAUUGCUCGUAUCCUGUGUGUAGAAUUUCGUCCGUGUGUCCAAGUGGUAUCCGUAUGUGUAAUAUAUAAAUACGUAUCAUUUUACCGUUUUGUAUUACUCGUCAAGGAACUCAACAGGCUGUCUAUAACAUGUGAUAACACCAAAACCAAUCGCCACUUAAUAUUAAUUAAUUUAUGUGACUUUCUCAAUAAAAUAUUUUUUUGCGAGA